UAUGUUGUCACGCAGGAGCAAGGUCACACAGCGUACUAUUCUGCUGCGUGCGCUGCUCAAACUCGACGCUGCAGCUGCCAUCGUCUUCCCCUCUCCACUCCACACACCGUCGUGCAACCAUGGCGGACAGUGCGAGCGAGAGCGACACUGACGGAGCUGGGAGCAGCUCGGCCACCCCGAUGUCAUCCUCCGCCUCGAAUUCUGGAAAGCCGAGCAUAGUCAUUUCACAGUUUCGCCUGGAGGAACUGACGAACCGCCUUGCCUCGCUACAACAAGAAAACAAAGUUCUUAAAAUUGAGCUAGAGACGUUUAAACUGAAGUGCAAAGCCCUGCAGGAGGAGAAUCGGGACCUCCGCAAAGCUAGCGUCACCAUUCAAGCAAGAGCAGAGCAAGAGGAAGAAUUUAUCAGCAACACUUUGUUCAAGAAGAUCCAGGCUCUCCAGAAGGAAAAGGAGACCUUGGCCGUCAACUAUGAGAAGGAGGAGGAAUUUCUCACCAAUGAGCUGUCAAGGAAACUCAUGCAACUCCAGCAUGAAAAAGCGGAGUUGGAGCAGCACUUGGAGCAAGAGCAGGAGUUCCAGGUUAACAAGCUCAUGAAAAAGAUCAAGAAAAUGGAGAAUGAAACCAUCUCAAAGCAGCUAACGCUGGAACAGUUGAGACGGGAGAAGAUCGACCUUGAGAACACAUUAGAGCAAGAACAAGAGGCUUUGGUCAACAGACUGUGGAAAAGGAUGGACAAACUGGAGGCUGAGAAGAGAAUCCUUCAGGAGAAGUUGGACCAGCCCGUAUCGGCUCCCCCCUCUCCCAGAGACGUUUCCAUGGAGAUAGAUUCACCAGAGAACAUGAUGCGGCAUAUCCGCUUCCUGAAGAAUGAAGUUGAGAGACUUAAAAAAAGCCUGCGCACCACUGAGCUGCAGCACACAGAGAAGCGUGCCCAGUACAUAGAGGAGGAGCGACAGAUGAGGGAGGAAAACAUUCGGUUGCAGAGAAAACUUCAGAGGGAAAUGGAGCGCCGGGAGGCCCUUUGCAGACAACUGUCAGAGAGCGAAUCCAGUCUGGAGAUGGAUGAUGAAAGGUACUUCAAUGAGAUGUCUGCACAAGGUUUGCGUGCCCGAACAGUGUCCAGCCCAAUACCAUACACCCCAUCCCCGAGCUCCAGCCGACCCAUAUCACCCGGGCUCUCGUAUGGAACUCACACUGUUGGCUUCACCCCUCCAGCUACACUGUCCAGAGCUGCCAUCUCCCACUACAACACCCCUGCUUUGCACAUCCAUGGAAGCUCCUCUCAUGCUGUAGCAAGGCCCUCCCCAAGAAGAAGCACCAGCCCUGACAAAUUUAAACGUCCAACGCCUCCACCUUCUCCCAACACGCACUCAGGGGCCCAACAGGCUCAGCCUCCACUCCCCCCACCGGCCCAGCCCAUGGUCCAGUCCAUGUCCUCCCCGGCAGCCAUGUCACAGCACGCAGCAGCACCACAGCAGCCUCCCUCCCAGCCUUAAAGCCACACACAGUCUCUGUCUUUGCGCAUGAGUGCGCCCACUGAAUGCCACGAUGCUAUCGCAGCAACUUCCACCAUUACCAGCUCUGGAAGUGAAGUUUCUUACUCUUAACAAAAGUCCACAAAAGACGCAGCUUCAAAAGUUUUAGAGGGAAAAGAAACAAGAUGGCAACUCUGCCUUGGUGAAGGUAGCCGCCUGCCAAAUCCACACGUGGCGUUACUUAACUACUCUUAAAAGGAAUGGAUGGACUCAAAAAAUGCUUCUGGGAUUUGUAGGAUAAAUAUUUGUUCCACCUUCUGUCUUGUACAAGUUUUUUUUUUUUUUCUUCUUGCUCUGGACUUUAGCUGGUUGGAAAUGUUGUUGUGGCGCUUCUGAGAUAGCACAAACAGCACAGUUGGUAUGUCUCAGUAUGGUGACGUUUGAAGAUAGGUUGGACCUGCCGAUCACUGAAUGGGUGUUCGGCUAGAGAAACGGACAGAUUGAAAGAUGGUCAUUUCUUUUCAUGCCUAUAACGUGAUAGCGGUAAUGCCCCCACCCUCACCCCACUCCAGCUCACUCGUCGUCUUUUAAGCAGUGUCAAUAAUUCACUCUCACCCAGGUUUUUCGUGGCUUUAAUUAGGUCAACAAAAAGUGUCAUAGGUGACAGCUUGGGGUUUCUCCAUGACAGGGCAUUGAUCAAACAGAGCCUUCAGUACAGAUAUUUCAACUUCUCAAAGCCUUCAAAGCUGUGCUACUCCUCGCUACAAAUGGAAAGGAAAAUAAUGAUCAUUAAUGAGGAUGGACACUGGUACACAAACCCGCCGAUAAAUGUCGCCGUUUGGGGUGUUUGAAAAAUAUAGUCUGAGGUGUUGCAACGCGGCCAUGUACUCAGCCUCUUCUCUCAUCUUCUCUCUGGUGUAUUUCUAAAAGCUUCUUUCAUCCUAAUGGCUAUUCUUCAUGAGAAAAAGGAAAAAAAACAUAAUGCUCUUUACACUAAACAUACAUACUGCUAAAACAUUCUAAUUGAAUGGUACUGUUGAACUAAAUUUCUAUGUAUGAUUAAAGCUCUUGAGAUGGCGACUCCUGUUUAAUUGUCAGUUUUAUGUUCAGCUAUUAGUAUUUAUUUGUAAUGUGAGAAGAAUGGACAAUAAUCUAUUUGGUAGUUUUUCAUAAAAACUUUUGCUUUCAUUCACAGGUUUACUUUAAUACAUCCAAAAAGUACCGGUAAAUAUUUAAUUUGCCUUUCUGGAAUGCUUCAUUGUGGAAAUGACAUCCUGCCAGAUCCUAACGGUACACUCUUGGAAAACCUGCAACAUCAAUGCUUUCGACCUGAAAUGGUACCCCAAAAAAGCUGUUAAUUUGAAGGUCCGUCACUGCUCACAUUGGAGGAUGUUUUGCUUUGGUGCCCAUUAGGUUAGAGACAUCUCUUUUAUGUAUUGCCGUUUAUAUUCAGAAAUGCAAUAGCUGGUGAAAAAUCCAAGUUUCAGGUUCUCCACACAAUAGAAAUGAAUGUGACUGGACAACUGUAAUUUCCCCCUGUCCCUUUAAGCAAAAGUUGAAAUCCUGACUUAUCGACUUGCUCAUUUCAGUCUAUUGUUAUACAACCAAAUCCAAAGUUCCAUUGAGUCUUGAUCCUGCGCCCGUUUCAAAUUUUCUUUGAGUGGACAUGGUUUAACCGGUUCUAACUGGCUGAACACCAAAGGAGUGGUUUCCAUAAAUCAAUCAUUCCAGGAUCAUUUAACAUGGUAAACCUUUGUAAUGAGGGUGCAGCUACAGCAGGUGGGAGGAGAAGAGGACAAGAAUGAUGGCCUGUGAAACACAUUAGGCUUCCAUUAGGCGAUUGCAGGUAACUGUAGCUCAUUCACACAUCUGG